CGUUUUCUCCGGUUUCACUUCCUUUUCUCUUUCUCCUUUAAACACAUACGCGUCUUCCGACUAACGGCUUUCUGAAAUCCCGGGCGUAUGACGGGUCUUUACAAUUGCAUUAUCUCAUGUGCACUGCAAUAAUGAUCACGAACACUGGUGGGCGUUGGAAGUUUCGAAGAUGGCGGGUCUGUUUUCCUCUGCUUCUAAUGUGUACUAGUUUAUUCCUCGGGUUUGUCUCCCGUGACUUCAAGAUCACUCAGACGUGGCGAGUUCGGCUCUUAUGUAGAAUACCUUAGUUUCAGUCAGGAACAGAGACAGAGGGGACAUAAUGAACUGCAUGC